AGAGCUAGAUGUCAAGUUAUGGCAGUAUGUCUCCAUCAGACGAGGGUUUCGAUAGAUAUGAACAUCCAUACUAUUGCCAGCCGUCGCACCAAGGCAGUCCAAUGGAUGGAGGAGUGUACUGGCCAGCUGCUAACGGCGAAGGUCAGGAGUACGAUGGUCAGGACGUCUACCAUGAUACCACACAUUACAUAGGCAGGGGAUAUGGCUAUGAAGAAAUGCAGAUGGCUGGGAAUGAACCAUAUGAUACGUACCACCAUAAUAUGGCACAUAGUUUUCCAUCAAAUAAUACAGGCUUAGACUGUGAUCUCCAGAGUCUUCCGCUUCGCUACGACCGUCCAGCUCCACCGUCUUUCGUAAGAGUCGCAAAGAGGAGGACGACUGCCAACAAGAAGGAGAGAAGAAGAACCCAAAGUAUUAACACUGCCUUUUCAGAUUUAAGGGAAUGCAUCCCUAACGUACCACCAGACACGAAAUUAUCGAAGAUGGUGCGAAAGAGAUCGCAGAGCAUCAAUUCCGCGUUUACAAGUUUGAGACAACAUAUACCAAAUGUUCUGCCAGACACAAAGAUGACUAAGAUCAAGACGUUGCGGCUGGCGACUUCAUACAUCUCCUAUUUGCUGAAGGUCCUGGAGACGGAUGGGGAGCCAGCUGGUGGGUUCAGAGCUGAUCUCCAUCACACGCCGCCCAGGAGACGGGUUGUUGAUAACCAGCAAAAUGCAUCAGCGGAGAAGAGAACUAAGGGUCGAACAGGUUGGCCCCAACACGUCUGGGCAUUAGAACUGAAAACUGAACAAAAUCUUCAAACUUAAUUCA